UCCACUCAUAUCUUUCAUUACUUUUAAUUUCGUUUGACUCUAAGUGAAGGACGUGUAACUGAUUUGUAAAAUUCAACUCCUCAGAUUUGUACUGCAGGAGUGUACCUUGCUGAAAUAUACGGCUGACUAUUGUCUAGCGCAAACCUCCCACCUAUCUGAUUUACGACUCUUUGUCGUUGUUAUUAGAUGUCCACUUCUGACACUACCCAGCAAGUGUGUGACAUUGGUGACAGUAGUUACAGUGCGUGUGUUUGUACUGAUCUUACAGACAACUACGGCAUUUUGCACGGACCUGAAUGCCACAAAUAGAUGUUCAACAACUCACAAGUGCCAAGUGAGAUGGAGGCCCUGUACGAGCCCCCGGCGCGGCCGGUGGGCCUGGAGCGGAUGGAGACGGCAGUGGCCAUCGCCAUCGGCGCCCUCGCCGCCGUCUUCCUGGGCGCACUCGUCGUGUUGGUCGUCGUCUGGCGCCGCCACCACACGCGCUACCUCGACAAGCUCAGUGCCGGGAAAGGAGAGAAGCUUCGAGACAUAGACCUGCUCAUCACCGACGGCGGGGGCAGUGGCGGCAUCGGGGAAGUGGAACUGGGCGAGGUGGUGCUGAGCCCCGACGCGGAGCGCAUCUUGGGGGAGGCGGCGGCAGGUGUGGGUGCGGGGGCGGGUGACCUGGCGGCCCACGGGUUGGCCGUGCUCAAGGCCUGCCACGCCCUCACCGAGCGGCUCACACGCCUCGCCGCUGAGCAGGGCCGUGUCGGCACGAGUGCCUCCAAGAAGGGGGCCGGCAGUGUUGUGGCCGCCCACGACAUCGUGGAGGUGGCACGUCGUAUCUCUCCGCGGGUGGACGACGUGGUGCGUGCCGUUUACCCGCCAAUCGACGCACGCCUGCUGGAGGCACGUGCGGCUGCACUUGCCCUCGUGGUAACGCACCUGGCGCUGUUGGUGACGGCGGGUGGCGGUGCGGGGGUGCCGGGGCGGCGCAAGAGGAAGGCGGCGGCCGGGGGCGGAGUAGAUACGGGCGGGACGGCGACUCCCAGCUGGCUGGCGCAGGCGUUGGCCGACAUCGACCUGCACCUCCUGGUACUGCGCGAGGCGGCGCUGUCCCAGGAGGCCGCAGUUCGCAUCCAGAGUGUGAUGGGCACGGGCCCACCGGCACCACCGUCCACCACCCCUCUGUAGGGCCGCUUCACCACCUCUACAGCAUCCUCUCUUUUCCCCAAAAUAUCCUUUUUCUGUGUGCAUUCCACGUAAUGUGGGAGCUGUUUUAUCCAGACACUUGCCCAAAAACAGAAUCUCGGUGCAGUCUCUCACUGCUGCACAAAAUUGAAUAUGUCUACAACUCUAGUGCCUAAUGAAGAGCUCCGACUGUGUUUUGGAGGUUCUACAGUUUUAUUGAGGCAGAAUUUAUUUAGAGCUCCUUUUGAGUGAAGAAUCUCUGAGACCGUCUGUAGCAGAAAAUGAAAAUGAGGCAUAGAUACUUAACCUGCCCAUAUUUGAUAUAUAAACAAUAUAUUUGUGUGACUAUAUAUUUUGUACACUCUGUUUAAUCUGUAAUCCUGACUACAGUGGCUUCCUGAAAUGAAAUGUGCUUUAAAAGUUUUCAUUUCCUACUUUCACUUCCAUAAAACUCUUAUAUGGAAUCAUGUUUAGACUCAAAGACUUUUUUUCUCUCUACAGUACUUCUAAACACCCAGAAUCACAGUAAUUAAUUACUUUUUAAUCCGAUGUACAUUUACAUGUUAAAUUUUGUUAUAUACAAAAACAAAAUUUAAAUAUAUUACUUACACCAUGACUGUUUCAAUGUAACAGUCGUAUUUUUGCUAUAUGUAUACUGUUUUGUAUAUAUCAACUCUUUUGAUAAUAUAUCUAAGCAUAAACUUAUUUUCAGAAUCUGUUUCUUAGAUUUUAGCAUUUCCUAUGUAUUUCUGGGAAGAUAGGAGGGAGGGGAUGAUCCUACAUACAUAUUGCUUGUACUAAUUUAAUGUUGUUGGAGAUGUUGAUAUAAAACAUCAUAGAUGAUGUAAUUAUUUCUGCAUGUGGGAGAUAAAAGUGAGAAACUGGUGUAGUUAGUAGGAAUAACCUUGUUACGUUUUGUACAUCAGUGCCUGGUGACGAGAGUGGGAUGGAGGUUUUUUGCACGGUUCUGCCAUCAGGUGGCACAGGCAUACUCUUCUGUCGGCAGGCAGUGUUCGGGUUGGUGAAGGUGUGGUGUAGUGUCAUGUACUUAUGUAACUAAUUGAUCCACCGUCUUCCAUUAGCAUAGUUAUUUAGAUUUAAAAGAUUGCUCAUGCAGUAUACUGGUUCAGAAGACCACAGACAUAGUAAAUGAUAUUGAUAUAUAUGCACAACAUUCAAUGGAAAGAGUACAUUUGAAACAUUUACUGUCGGGGAGUCAACUUUGUUAUUUUUUCGUGUGCAAAUGGUGAAUAAGGAAGAAAAUAUGUGGCAGUCUGUGUGUUGUCAAAAAUGAAUUUUCUGCUAGUUGGAGGAUGAUUGAAAUGUGAACUACAUUUUCUCGCUGUCACACAUGUGUAAUUGAUACAAUUGCUGCAUAUUUAAUUCUUUAAUAAAUGUAUGAUGUGCAAAUGUUGGAUAUCUGUUUACGAUUAACUGUCUUCAUUUAUCUUUGAUGAAAAUUAAUUGAUUGGGUUGCAUGUUUUGGCAGAUUUUAUUUUUACAGACACUUUGUUGUAAGCUGUGCACUGUUGUUCACAAUCAGUUUACCUUUGGAAUGUUCUUUGAUUUUGCCGUGGAGAGGACUGGAUGAGGACUUAACGAGCAGUGAUUAUAUUUUUACUGCCUGCAGAAUGUGUAUUUUAUUCAUAUUAGAAUUAGUUCUGAAGGCAGUGGAUGCUGUUUACUCUUCACAGGCUAUUAUAGAACUCAGAUCUCUCUUUUGCAAUACAUAUUUUUUUUAUACAAAUGGGUUGUUGUUGACACAAAUUGCUCCAUAUGUAAGUAAAUGUAUUAAAUCACCUCUGUUUCAGUCCUUUGGCACUAGUGUCCACAUAUUAUUAUUAACAAUAAUGAUGAAUGAAGGGGUAGCGAAUGAAAUGGGAUAUAUUGUAAGAGCAAACUGAAAGAGUUUGUAACAUGGAAAGACAGAUUAGUAAGAGUUUAUGGAGGCCCCUACGUGAUACUCUGGCCUUCUGUUGCCAGUUGGACCACUAUCCAAAAAUUCUAGAGCGUUCGUGUGAUUUUUUAGAGAGAGACAAAAUUUAGUGCUUCCUUCAAAGACAGAAGACCUCAUCUAUGUAACUAAUAUUUAUGGCCUGUGCCUGGUUACUUACGCACAAACUGUUCACUGUUUGAGUGUGUUGCAAAAGUUGGUAUUAAAAAAGUACCUCGAUUAACAAGAGAUAAUGUGCGCAACAGUCUGCAUUGUUGGGAGAGGAAAAUGCACAUUCUGCCCAUUUUCUGUCCAUCUCUCUGCUAGUAAUUUGAAAAUUUGUUAAUGUAAACAGCAGAUGUAUCUUUAGGAUGAAGGGAAUUAUAUGUGGUUUCCUGUAUGUGCAAUGGUUUAUAAUAAAAUGGUCUUGUCAGUUUCCUAAUCUCUCCAAAAGACUGCAGGAGGCAUUCCUUUAUUUUGUAAAUGAUGUAAUUAAAUAUUUGUAGAAAUAUAUCUAUAUUUUUAGAGUAUUUUUCACUUACUUUACAUACUCUAAUAAUAAUGAAUUGUGUAUCGUGCUGUUUGAGAACUGUGUAUUUUUGUGGAGUACAUUAGUCUGUGGUAUAAAUUUGUAAUAUUCUUCUGUUGCUAGGAAGCUGCCAAUCCCCAUACAGUUUUUCAAUUCUGUGUCUGAAGCAAUAUAGCAGUUUGAAGUUUUGAGCAUAGAUUCAAAAUUAUUUUUGUUACAAAAAGAAUGCGUUGCCUGUUGCCGGGUGGGAAACAUACAGUAAUUCAAGAGCAGGUUAGCCGGGGCACACGGACAUCUCCUCGGCGGGCGGGCGAUUCCUCCACAUUGCAGCACUCGUGCUGGCUUCACAGAAAGCAUGGCAGUGUCAAAUUGUACAACACCAGAGCUCAGACAUUCUAUCCUUAAUACAAUGUUAUUGUUCUUCACAUAUACAAAAAUCUCCUUAGCAACAUGGGCAGAAAUGAUAAAUAGUUUCGAAGAUUAAUCGGUAGUUUGCAGCAGAGUUGUGCAAGUAGCAAGUAGCUCCUCUCCAAUUUUUCUGUGAAGCCUAGAGGCAUUGCCAGCACAGAGGCCUGAGAGGUGUCAUUCAGCCACCCGCUUGGGAAGCAUUUACUUUUUCUUGGACAGUGAAAUGUUUUCUUGCAGAAUGUGAAUCUCGUGUAUUGUUUCAAAUUUAUCCUGUGGUGUAGGCGAGUGUAACGAAUGCAUGUGUAGUUCAGCGUUACAUGGCCUUGCUCUUCGGGCAGUGCAGCAUGUGAUAUGGUGGUCAGGAACUGAAUGUGACUGCCUUUUUCCUCCUUUCUGUUCGAAUUCUGAUGAUGAAAAUGUUUCAUCACCCUUAUUUGAACAGAGUACGUCAGAGUCGGCUGCCAGCAACUUUGCUUGUGUUCUCAGAUCAUUGCUACAGAAGGCAAACGUCACUAUGAGACUUACUGUCAAUAGCUCUUUUAUGAAACUGUCAGAUUUAAACCAUCUUUACUUCAGUAUGUCCUGCAAUGUCUCACAAAUGAGAAUUGGCUGCUUCCUCAGUGUACUUCCCUGAAGGAUUCUCCCUCUGCAUAGGGCACGUGUUUCGGUGUUUCGUGUCUGCUUGCCUCACAGACAGAGGAAUAUCUUGGAAAGAUACUAAGUUUCUUGUAACUUACAAUAUUUCAGUUUGAGAAAAAGUCUCAGGUUUCCACCUGGGAGACAGUGUUAAAAUAGCACAACGUUUCAAAGAUUACCAUAAUCACCAUCUUAUACCGAGGUGUCAAGAUAUGCAGAUGUCAGAAUAUUUACACUAGCGGUGUGCCCUCUUUGGCAUUCUGAAUAUAUCUUGUGUGCUGAGUAAGUUCUUGUCAUAUUGUCGCUAAUGCAGGAUUUUGUGCCAAACUAAGUUGGUAUCAUUCGUUGCUAUUGCCUGGAUUCUUGUGAAUCCUUAUUUCCACGGAUUCCCUUAUAAUGCUAAGUCAAAAGUGUGGCCUUCCUGUGUGGUGUUCUUUGCUGUCACUGAUUUUUCUUUGUGAACUAGUGAUACAGGCCUUGUAGUGUUGCCACUAAAUUGGGUAGUGAAUUUUCGUUAUGUUGCAAUUGAUGAGGCUCUAUAUAUAGCUUUCUUUUAAGCCGAUGACCAUUUCGCCAAUAACAAUACCACAAUUCACCGAAAAGUCUUUUGCCUUUCUCUUGUUACAUAAUAUAAUUUGAAUAUGUAUAUUCCUCUUAACAUUUAUUCUGAUGCAGCUUGUUUAUACCAGUAGGAAGAGAAUAUCAAGAUCUUUUGUAACUUGAAAAACUGGUAACAUCAAAAUCACAGAGGAAAUCACUCCAGUCAGAAUUUACCUUUGCCAAAGAUGCUAUUGCACUGACUGUCAUUACGUUAUGAAAAUUCCACAUACUGCAAAUCUCGAAUGUCUUAAUGUCCGUACAGGAAAUUAAGAGAUUAAAUGAGUAUUCCAAUUCAGAUGUUUCCAGUAAGGUUAAAUAACUAUUCCAAUUCAAAUGUUUCCAAUAACUUUUUCUCUCCAGCAGAUUUAUUUGAGUCUAUGAAAUCAUGUUAGCAUACAAUUGCAGACCACUUCCAAAACCAAACUUCAUGUACAGUUAGUUAACACUUCAUCAUAAUCUUGAUACAUAGUCUCAAUACAGACUCUACUUAUUUAAUUACAAAAUUAAUAGUAUUUCAAUAGAAUAACAUGCAGGGAUGUUCUUGACAGUACUAUCGCGGACUUCUCCUGGCAACUGUUUCCUGCCACAUACUACAUCCAUAGAUAAUCACUGGACCACAUCAUGACUAACCUGUGCACUCAACAUUAAACAAACAGUAAACAAACCAUUCUUUAAAACACUGGUAAACACACAAUAAUAAAUGUUCGGAUAACUAAUUGCUAUUUACAUGAUGUUGGUGUUCCAAUUAAUAUUUUGAAACGAGAUGCAGACCGUUUGUCCAAUGUAUUAGUGGCCACAUUCACAAGAGAUGUUGUAUACCCCAGCCACAUUCAGCUAUAGUGGGUCUUCCACAGAGCCAAAGCACUCUUUCAUCUUACGCAGUGGUCAUAAGACAGUUUUUAGGUUGCAUCGAGAGAGGCCCCCAAGUUAUGAAGUAAAGUGAGUAUCUUGUCUUCUUUCUCCUCUUCCCAGUUUGCUUCAUCUUUUAUCAACUGCGCUACUAAUCUGUGCUUCUCUGAACCCAUAUUUGUGAAAUACUGCCUUCGGCUGGGAAGCUUUGUUUAUCACACGUGACCUGCAUUGUAUGUACCACUGUGGACAGUACAAUCUGCCAUUAUGCUGGAUGGUAGCACCUUGUUGUGUAUGGGUAAAGGUCUGCAUGGGUCAUCUUCUUAUAUGCUCCAUGACCUAGUGUGGCAUCUGCCUUCCUGUUGAUUAGCAUGUCAAGAAAGGGAGACAACCAUUCUCCUCUUUUUCCAUAGAGAAUGAAACUUGCCAUGCUCCCGCACCACAAAAACAUUGUCAACAUAUCAGAAGUAGUGCUCAGGUUUUUGGUAGGUAGUUUGAAGGGCCACCUCCUCAAAGUGUUCUCUGCAAAGAUUUGCAACCCCAGGAGCCAGAAGAUGACAAGUAUGACAUUCUUCGAAAUGUCGCGAUAAUUUAAUGCUGCCAUCUGCCUGGAAACCUGAGGACUUUUCACCAAUAGUAUAUGCUGGAUGAGUCUACGGUCACAAAUAUUUCAGGUGUUUCCACAAAAUUAACAUAUCGUUUCAUAAUCAGUCUGUAAAGAAAUUCCUACCCACAUCAUAGCUACAAGACCACAAAAAAAGAAGGGUUUUGCAUUAACUCAAUUAGGAGGGAAUUAAAUAAUUAAAGAGCCAAAUUAUUAUAAAAAAAAGAAGCUGUAUGUUUGUACAAAAUAAGACUUUUAGUACUUCUCAACAUAAUCCCCACCAAUAUUAAUACACUAGUCCCGGCAAUGAACUAGUUAUUUUUUGCACCUGUUGCAAAGAAGUCUGUCUUGUUGUUUGAGCCACAUUCCACAAAUGUUUUGACCACAUCGUUGUUUCUGAACUUUUUUCCACAUAAUGCCUCUUCGAGUGAACCCAAGUUUCAUCACACAUUAAAAAUCUCGUUCAGAAAUGGGUCACCUUCCCUUCCAUAGCAUUCUAUCGAGUCUGUACACACUUUAAGUCUUGUUUCCUCGUGUUUUGGGAUUAACUCUUUUUGGACCCAUCUUGCGCUUGUUUUGCUGUAAUUGAGCUUGUUUCUGACAAGGUUAUGAACUGUGCCAACACUUAUUGCAACUGUCUUUGCUAUACGUUCAACUCUAAUACUUUGGUCUUCUCGAAUAAUGUCAUCAAUGCAACUUUCGAGUGAAGGGGGUUGAUACUUCAACUGACCAGCCAGGAUGUUGCUCAUCAGUCAUUGAGGUUAAAUCAUUUUUUAACUGCUCCACACUUUUAUAAGUAUAUCCAUAGUUUGUACAACAUUCAUUGUACUGUAAAAUCGUCCAAGAAAAGAUUUUAGCCAGAUUUUCACCUUCGGAAAGCAAAAAAUCGAUUACUGAAUGUUGUUAGACUACUGUGGAAACUUCAAGAAGAGACACCGUGCAAUAUCAAAGUUAUAAACAAACAAGUUUUUAUCCUUCAACUGUUUUUAGCUCGUCGUAGUGAUACCAACCUAAAAUUAUUAAUGUACAAAACUCCUCCCAUAAACUGUUUCAUUUUUAAUCAGUUUUUCUCUUUCAUUACUAAUUGUCCCUUGUAUGUGUAGUGAGACUUCCAUCAACUUGAAUGUCAUCAGGUUGAAGAUUGCUUUGAACGCUGUAGUUCUUUCCUAGCUGCGGUCCUGCUGUAGCAGGUACACCCUUGCCUUCCUUCCACCUUUCAAAUGAUUUACUUAGCCAGUUCACAAAGGCAAACCAUUGCUAGGGGUAAAACGUGAAACAUCCUCUGACAGAACAGAGAAUUAAGUCUUGGACUUUUCCGUCUGUAAUUUGUCAUAUGGUGUACAUUCUAAUAAAAACAUUGAUGGCAGGCAAUGAAAACCUCGUAACUCCAUUUUGUUAAAUUUUACUGGAGGAAGAAAAAUGGUUUGUUAAAAAAUAUAUAAAGUAAUACAGACAAUGUUAGCACAUGUGUAACUGUAUACUGUAGUAGAAAUCUGGAUGUUGGCAGAUUAGAAAAAUCCAUGUUCUUUCAAAUCUCUCUUUGACAGUGGAGUUACUGGAAUCUCAAGAUUUUCACAUACAGAUGAAGUUAUGAGGUCUUCAUUGCUUGCCAUUGUUAUAUUGGUACAGCAAUAAAGCUAACAUAGUUUUCCUAUUACCUACUGAACUUGGUUACAAUUUAACACUUGAGCAACAGCUAGACUCCACUGCCUCAUCAGACACUGCAAGAAAUUCAGUUACCCUCAUAAUUCAGUCUGGAAGUUCAGCCACAUUUUGGAGGUGCUGUCUUCGCCCAUUUAUUGAGGGCACUCUCUCUCUCUCUCUCUCUCUCUCUCUCUCUCUCUCUCUCUCUCUCUGUGCUUCUGAAUGCUGUGCAGAGAGGGAGAGGGAGGUUGGAUACUUUGACCUUGCCCUCUGCUUCCACGUGCUUCAGUUGUCCCCCUUCCCUCUUCUGACAUGGCUGUAUACAGUUCCAGCUUCUGACUCACAUCGAAUGAUAUGGGUAGAAUGCAACCAGCCUCACUUGUGUGUCUGGUGUUUCUUUAUGUCUUCCUUUGGUCUUCCACUAACACAUGAUAUGCAUCACCAUAUGUGCACAGAUAUUACAAUUGCCCCUAAAUUUUUUACACACACACAAAGAGGUGAAACUGGAAGAAUUGUGCCGUUGCUAUUGCCUGUUGUGCCACAUGCUAAAGUCAGGGUGAGAAACCCGCCUUCCCCUAUAGUAUGCUCGGCAGUCCAGGUACAUUUGGGAGGCAGCAUGUAUUUUAAAAUCUUGUUUUAUAAAACCCACCCUUGUGGAUUUAAUGAAAAUGGUCUACGUACUUAAAUAUUAUUAGAAUUAUUAAAUAUAAAAGGAAGUUUCUUUUACAUAUCCAGUUUUAAGUUUGUAUGCAUUGCAUUUUUAUUAUUAUUAUUGCCCUCUGCUUCUCCGUGCUGCAGGUACUCCCUCAUUGUUCUUGCAACAUGUAGAUGUACACAGUUGCUGCUUUUGACUCUCAUCAAGCAGUAUAUAUAGAAUGUCGCCAUUCUCACUUUUUUGUGUAAUGUUUAUUCUUUCUGUUUUCCCCUUGGUCUUCCUCAAACACACAAUAAACAUCGCCGUAUGUUGACUGACUGUAAAAUUGUUCCAAAAUAUUUUCACACACGCUCGACGAGGUGAAAUUAUGCCGACUCUGUUGCCUAUCACACCGCAUGUUAAAGUCGAGUUGACAGUGCUCACUUUCUUGUACAAGUGUGAUGCAUUUAGAGGGCCAAUAUGUCUUUUAAAUUUUUAUUUUGAACAAUCCACUACUGUGCAUUUAAUGAAAAUGAUGUAUUUACGUAUUUGUAGUAUUAACAAAUAACAAAACAAAAUUUGUUUAUGUACACAGGUUUUUUAUUUGCAUGAGUUGCACAUUUAUUGGCAUUACUGUUGUAUUUGCAUUGUAUAAUUGUUGUUGUUACUAUUAUUAUUAUUAUUAUAUAUGUAACCUGUAUUAUACUAACAUGUUGUAACUUAUUAUUAUUGCUAUAAUAAGUAUUAUUAUAUAUAUUAUAUAUAUUAUAUUAUAUAUUAUCACAAUAUAUGUAGUGAGAUGAGAUGUUGACAUUGGAAUGUAACCUUGGCUACAUGUCUGUAUUUUAUCCAUGUUACUGUUGCGUAACUGUAUGCAACUUACAUAUGUUAUUGAUCUUAGUAACAAGGUAUAGGACGUAAUGUAUUCAACAAAUGGAAAUUAUUUUCAGAGAUAAACAUGUUUAUGAUCUGUGUUAAAGUUAGAAGGUUUCUUGGAUACCUAUCAGUGUAAUGAAAGACAAUAAAGCUCCACCAUAUACGUUAAACAAUAAUUCUGUUGUACAAAGUAACUUCCCCUGUACAAACAGUUUGGAGACUGUGAUUUUUGGACUGAUGUCAUCUCCACCAGAAACUUA